AUUUUAAAAAACACAAGAGGAAACAAAUUACUAAUAAAGAUAGAAGAAUUCUCUCAGUGGAAACAAAUCGGUCUUUCCCAGCUACAGUAUGAUGCUGCACAUGUUUUCAUUAAAAGUUCACUUAUAAGUGUACUUGGUAUAGCCUAUGUUGCAGGAAUAUGUCGUCCUCCUCUCAAUUGCGGAGUUAAUAAUUUCAGAGGAGAUCCCUGGUCUGUUUUUGCCCUCACUGUAGCUCAUGAGUUGGGUCAUACUUUGGGAAUGAAGCAUGAUGAAGAAUCCUGUUUGUGUGGGCAAAGUGCUUGCAUCAUGAAUGCUAUCAGAGUGCCAGCAGAGAGAUUCACCGAUUGUAGUUAUGCAGAUUUUACAAAGACCGCUUUCAACCAGGGAUCGUGUCUGCACAAUCCUCCAAUUCCAGGGACAGUCUUUAUGCUGGAGCACUGUGGGAAUGGUGUGGUUGAAGGAGAAGAGAAGUGUGACUGUGGAUCUGUAAAGCAGUGUAAACAAGAUCCCUGUUGUCUGCUGAACUGCACGCUGAGGCCUGGGGCUGCUUGUGCUUUUGGGCUUUGUUGCAAAGACUGCAAGUUCAUGCCAUCAGGGGAACUCUGCAGACGUCAGGUCAAUGAAUGUGACCUUCCGGAGUGGUGCAAUGGCACAUCCCAUCAGUGCCCAGAAGAUGUAUAUGUGCAGGAUGGGAUUCCCUGUAGUGAGCGUGCCUACUGCUAUCAAAAGAGCUGUAAUGACCAUGAUGAACAGUGCAGGGAGAUAUUUGGUGAAGGUGCAAAGAGUGCAUCCCAGCGUUGCUACAAAGAAAUCAACUCCCAGGGAAAUCGUUUUGGCCACUGUGGCAUCAAUGGCACGACAUACCUAAAAUGUCCUAUUUCAGACAGCUUUUGUGGGAGAGUUCAGUGUGAGAAUGUGGGAGAUAUUCCCCACCUGAGGGAUCACUCAACUUUGCAGUACACCCGCAUCAAUGAUGUCACCUGCUGGAGUAUCGACUAUCACUUAGGGAUGAAUACACCUGAUGCCGGUGAAGUGAAAGAUGGCACAGUGUGUGGUCCAGGAAAGCUCUGCAUACACAAGAGGUGCGUCAGUCUGUCUCUCCUGUCACAAGUCUGCCUGCCUGACACCUGCCACAUGAAUGGGAUCUGCAAUAAUAAGCAUCACUGCCACUGCAGCUAUGGGUGGUCCCCACCCUACUGCCUACACAGAGGCAAUGGAGGUAGUGUUGACAGUGGCCCGGCAUCCGCCAGAAGAGUUUUCUUGCCACUAGUUGUGACUCUUAGUUUGUCUCUUUUGCUUUUACCUUUGGCUGCUAUAUUUAUGCACCUUCGAAAACGUUUCGGGCCCAAGAAGACUACGGCUCAUUCUUCAGAUUAAGAACAUGCCUGUAACUUAAUAUCCUCUACACGAUUAAGUUUUAGUCUAUUGGCAGUAGAAGUUUUACUACAUACCUGACACUGAGCCCAUUUCUGACAGUUGACAGAAAAAUGCAGAGAGACCUUCCCUUCUGUCAGUAUCAGAAACUUUGCCAUCAAGCAAAGGUAAUCCCUAACACUUUCCUAUCUACGGUUCAUUGUCGUAAGCUGCAAAUAAAGCUCCGUUUUCCCCCUGAGUUAGCCCUCUUUGUGUUUCUUGAGCACAGAUAUGACUCAUGGGAAAGACAGGAGACAGACAUCUCAGGACCCCGGGCAGGGGGGCGGGGAGCGGCGGUGAGUCUUGCCUCUCUCCUUUUAUUCCCAAAGUAACAUCUCAGAGGUGCAGAGGAUGUAUUUGUGUGGUCCGCAGAGUGGAUUCCAUUUAUCAGGAGUUGUGUUCUUAGGUGAUUUUGACUGGGACUGGCCGUUGGAAUCAUGGCAAUGUUUUCUCAAUGAAAAGCUAGAACAGGCAAAGAUUGCAAGUUAGCUCGUGCCAUCAGGGGAACUCUGUAGACAUCAGGUCAAUGAACGCGACCUUGCAGAGUGGUGCAAUGGGACAUCCCAUCAAUGUCCAGAAGAUGUUUAUGUGCAGGACAGGAUUCCCUGUGGUGACAGUGCCUACUGCUAUCAAAAGUGAUAUAAGGAGUUCCCAUUGUGCCACAGCAGAA